GGGAGGGGAACAGGAGGCUGGGUGAAGGGAGAGGGAAAGACAAAAGAAGGAGAGGGGAGACAUAGCAGGGUGAACGGAGGGGACUGAGCAAAUGGCUACGGAGGAGACGGCGGGGGGAGCCAGGAAAGCCACCAAGAGCAAACUGUUUGAGUUCCUGGUCCAUGGAGUGCGUCCUGGCAUGCCGUCUGGAGCGAGGAUGCCCCACCAGGGAGCUCCCAUGGGCCCCCCCGGCCCACCGUACGGAGGAAGCCCGGCGGUGCGGCCCGGCCUGCCCACCCCGGUGAUGGAGCCCAGUCGUAAGAGGCCUGCCCCCUCCCAGCAGGUUCAGCAGCAGCAGCAGCAACAGCAGCAGCAGCAGCAGCAGCAGGCCGUCCAGAACCGGGCCAGAAAGAAGCCAGUCGGAUUCCCCGGAGCCAAUGAGAUGCCGGCGAGGCAGAUGGACAUGAGAGAGCCCCAAUCAGAUCCCACGCUCGGAUCAAAUGCUAAGAGAAGGAAAAUGGCAGACAAGAUUCUUCCGCAAAGGAUCCGUGAGCUGGUCCCGGAGUCUCAGGCCUACAUGGAUCUGCUGGCCUUCGAGCGCAAACUGGACCAGACCAUCAUGCGCAAACGUGUGGACAUCCAGGAAGCACUGAAGAGACCAAUGAAGCAGCAAAAGCGUAAACUGAGACUUUACAUAUCCAACACCUUCAACCCUGCCAGACCUGAUGCUGAUGACUCAGACGGCAGCAUUGCAUCGUGGGAACUGCGGGUAGAGGGGAAGCUGCUGGAUGACCCGGGGAAGCAGAAGAAGAAGUUCUCUUCGUUCUUUAAGAGCCUCGUGAUCGAGCUGGACAAAGAACUCUACGGUCCUGAUAACCACCUGGUUGAGUGGCACCGCACACCCACCACCCAGGAGACGGACGGCUUCCAGGUGAAGAGGCCGGGAGACGUGAGCGUGCGCUGCACUCUGCUGCUGAUGCUGGACUACCAGCCUCCCCAGUUUAAGCUGGACCCUCGCCUGGCCCGCCUGCUUGGCAUUCACACUCAGACCCGCUCCUGCAUCAUCCAGGCCCUCUGGCAGUACAUCAAGACCAACAAGCUGCAGGACUCCCAUGACAAGGAGUACAUCAACUGUGACAAGUAUUUCCAACAGAUAUUCGACUGCCCUCGGCUGAAGUUCUCUGAGAUCCCUCAGCGUCUCACCAACCUCCUCCUACCCCCCGACCCCAUCGUCAUCAACCACGUUAUCAGCGUGGAUCCCAACGACCAGAAGAAGACGGCCUGCUACGACAUCGACGUGGAGGUGGAGGACCCCCUGAAGAGCCAGAUGAGCAGCUUCCUCCUCUCCACCGCCAACCAGCAGGAAAUCGCCUCGCUCGACAACAAGAUCCACGAGACCAUCGAGUCCAUCAACCAGCUGAAGAUCCAGAGGGACUUCAUGCUCAGUUUCUCCAGGGAUCCCAAGGGCUACAUCCAGGACUGGCUCAAAUCCCAGAGCCGAGACCUCAAGCUGAUGACAGACGUGGUGGGGAACCCCGAGGAGGAGAGGAGGGCGGCGUUUUACCACGAGCCCUGGUCCCAGGAGGCCGUCAGCCGCUAUUUCUACUGCAAGAUCCAGCAGAGGAGACAGGAGCUGGAACAGGCCUUAGCUGUGCGCAACACCUAAACCAGGACCCUCCUGAAUCCCUGCAUCUGAUUUCAGAGCUGUGUGUGUGUGUGUGUGUGUUUGGACGUGUGUGAGGCCAUCGCUGUAGUCUGGUGAAACCUUAUACCUCUAAAAAUGUCGGUAAACUAAAGAAAUAAUUGCCUUGUGUUGACGACGCCAAAUCAGAGGUUUUUCAGAGGUUUUGAAAUUAGAAGAGGAGGCUUUCCCCUCGCGGCAGCGGUGACGUGCACGUAUGGAAGCCGGAUCUCGUCCCGUUUUUUGUGCCGGACCGUGAGGACAUGGUCAUUAACCGCAUGUAUUCAUCCCCCCCUCCCCUCCAGAGGUCAAGCCCCCAGACCACAGGCAUCCUCAGACUCACCACCUCAUAAACAAAACCUCCUCUUCCAUCCGCUACACUCUGCUUUGUAAAUAUGUCUAAAGACGUCAAGAGAAAACUCUGGACCGGCUGCUCACACACACACACACGCACAUACACGCACAAGCACACACACACACACGCACACACACACCGCUGUGUUUUUGGACUCUCAUCUCAAAGAGUUUGCUACUGUGACCGUCUGAAAUGUAACAUGAUGUAAGCCGGUGUCACAGCCGAUCCUCGCGGCGCUCUG